CUAACCCCACCGGUUGUGGUUUGUUUUAGAAUUUCCCGUGUUAAAUGCAUAAAACGUUGGAAACACACCCAAAAUACACAAUUGAAGCACCGGUAACCGAGUGAAGUCUAAGGAACGUAUCCACCAUGUCGCAUAGAACGCGCCGCAAGCAUGUGAUCAAGGAAAUGAUGGAGGACGACUAUGAGCUGCCAAAGGAACAACAACAAAUCGUGCGCGUGAUUAGCAGUCGCGGCAACAAUUUGCUUGAAGUUGAACCAUCAGUAGCACAGUCGGAAAACUUUCUAGUUUCUAUAUCCACAAAGUUUCGCAAGAAUCUGUGGGUCAAGCGCGGCGACUUCAUUCUGGUGGAUCCCAUCGAGGAAGGUGACAAGGUCAAAGCUGAGAUCUGUAAAGUGCUUACUCCGGCACAUGUCAAGGAGUACACCAAGGCGGGUGUGUGGCCAGAGCGCUUUGCCAAGAAGCUGAACGCGCCGCCACCACGGUCAGGAAGUAAUAGCAGCGAUGAGGACGAUUUAUUGGCUCCCAACACAAAUCGCCCAGUUCAGGCUGACGACACAGAGGACGAGACGGAGGACAGUAGCGAUGAAGACUGAAGUGUACAUAAUACCUAUAGGUCUACUAUUUAGAAAUAAGACAUAAAUUGUUUGUGCAUUACAAAAGUU